UAAACUCCACGGUGAAAUUUUUGUAUGGUAACAGAAAUAUGACGUAUCAUUAAACAAAUAAAAAUUCAGAGAUAAUUGAUCAUGAAAUUUGAGUAUAUAUACCAGUGGAAUCAGCGAACAAAAGUCAAUUGUCUGAAAACAUUGAACAAGCAAAGAAAUUCAAAAUGUUGAGUAUUUUAAUUUUUUUUUGCUUAAUUGUCGUGCCUUUUUCUCAGGCUACAAAUUGCUGUUCUCGUUCAAAUUUAUCUGUAGCACCAGUUGAUUUUACUAAACAAUCCGGAAGGUGGUUCUUAUACCAACGUAGCCUUAAUAAUUUUAAAGAUUCAAUAGAUGAAUGUAAUCAAAUAACGUGGGGUAAACCUGUAAACGGUGUUUCAACGGUUGUAUCUACAAGUAUUUCAAAAUUAGUCAAUGAGACCUUAAAAUCUGUUGCACAAGUAUCAUCUAAUCAAGGAACAAGUUUCACUUACUAUUCACCGGUUUUUGGAGAAGUACCUGCAAAAUACAUUACUCUUGAGACAGAUUAUAAUAAUUAUUCAAUAGCAAUAAUCUGCGAAAAACGUAAAUCUAAAUGUAUCAUAAAGGCCUACGUGUUUACAAGAGAGCGAACACCGUCUUGUAAUAUUCGGGACAUAACAAAACGUUCAUUUUCUAAGUACAAUCUCACACUCCCGAAAAUGCAUACUUAUGAUCUGAAAAAUUGUCCAUAAACUCUUUUUUCAUAUGAUUUCGCGGUUUAAAAUUACCGUAUACCUUAACUAUAAAAAUUAAGAAAUAAAUAUACAACAUUAUUCAUGUAUUAUUAUUUUCCUAAAUAUAAAAA